CAGACUGCUCCCCGGUGUAACCUGCUCGGCUUAUCACUGUGUGUUUGUCGCGCUGAAGCUUUUCGCCCGCAUCAAAAAACGAACACAAAUAAAGACGUAAAACAAAAGCGAUGGGGGAAUGACAACAACCCUCGUCCCCGCCUGCGGUUCUCCGUCCCCGAGAAGACCCCAAGGAUGCUGCUACUCUCCAGCCCGCGGAGCGGACGCCAGCGCCGGGCCUCGCUACUGCUGCUGUUCGCCGCGGUCCUGCUCUGUGUUGUCUCUGUAGGUGCUGGCCUCCCAGCUGGCAGUAAAUGCCCCCACCAUAUAGACUGUGCCAAAGAGGGACGCCACUUCUGCAUGCCUGGCUCCUCCCACUGUGGCCCCUGCAUCUCGCCGCUGCACGAGAACGAGGAGGGACGCUGUGUGGAGAGGAGGAGGCACCAUCAGCAUGGGGCACACUACCCUGAACUGGACGAAGAAAUUGAUUAUCUUCAGUCUGUCAUCGAAAAACAGGAAGUGUUAGAGAUCACACAGCCAAAAAGGCCUGUUGCCGUAACCUCCCAGACAGAUGUUAAAAAAAGCAAGAUAAAUGCCUCCAAACACAAACAGAAAAGCAAGGCUCCACCCUCAUCUGAAAGCCUGCAUGCCUUCACUACAGCCCCCGGCCCUACGGUGUCUGCCCCCCCUAACACACCGACUCCACAGCCCAGAGCAACUGGAGUUGAGGGCAGAGCUGGUCCUAUAGUGGUUCCAGCUCCCAGGAAUGACAGAAUUAUUGUCAUCAUAAUCUCGCUGUGCGUCGCGGUGGGUGCUGUGGCAGUGAUCCUGGCAACUGCCUGUUUCAUCAAGUUGCAGAAAGAAUCACAUCUGACUAAGAAGGUAGACUACCCUGCCUUCAGAGGGGCAGGCAUGUCUGCUUCCCCAGCCACCGGCACUACGACAGGAGAUAACACUCUGGCCCAAAGCGCUCAAAUGUAUCACUAUCAACAUCAAAAACAACAGAUGCUGUCAAUGGGAAAUAAUAAACCUGAACAGAAAGUCCUUGACAACGAGGUCACAUCAGAUGAGGAAGAAGUGGGAGGAGACUUCACAGUAUACGAGUGCCCUGGACUUGCACCGACUGGAGAGAUGGAAGUCAAGAACCCUCUGUUCGAUGACUCGACUCUACAUUAUCAGGGGAAUCUCAAGUGAAUGCUGAACAUUUUAUGCGCUGUGCGGCACACACACUAUACACACAAUA